UUCUCGUUAAGUUUGCUUAGUGUUUUAUGCAGAUACUGCGUGUUUUCCGCGGCCUCUUUGUUAUGUUGUUUUGCGUCGUUAAGAUCGCAUGUUCGCGCUAUUGCGUCUGUCAUUCAACUGUAAAACUUCUACGACUAGGAAAAUAAAACCGACUGGCCCCUUUGAACAGACAUAGCUUUGCCGCUGCAACGAGUACCUCGGAUCGAAAGAAACUUCGAGAAAAUGACAAUUUCAUACUUCUAAAAUUGGUCUGUUUAGCUCGCGGCAGCGGGUGGGGAGGUAUAAACAAUCGGUGGAAUGGAGGUGACACUGUUUGAAAUGAAGGGAUUUUCAAUGUCCAUUGUGAACAGGUCGCUACACCUUUAUGAAAUAACUCUGGAAAGCUGAAACUUUGAGAAAAUUUAGUUUGCUCCCUCACUGUAAAUUUCGUUUCAAAGAUUAUAUUUCGCACGAUUUAAGCUAAUUUUCGACGUGACCACAAUAGCGGGCAAGCUGACUCUUUCACAUAUAACUUUAUAAUAAGACCGGCAAAUCAAUAAUUUAUUUGCCAACUCGUUUGGCGAAGUUUGAAGGUUAAAUCUUUUCAUGCCUUCGUUUAUUUUAUAAAAAAUGCUAGUGGUUCUUUCGCUUUAGUGCUGUCAAAGCAGGAAGUAAUCUGUAGCUAUUGUAGGACAAGCCGUACCUCACGUCCAAAGUUUCAAAUUUUUAUGCACAAUCUUGCGUAUUUGAAAACCGCAAGUCAUUUGCUAUAGUAGUUUUAAAAUUAUGUUAGGAGAUGAAAAAUUUCUGUGGCUAAAUAUGAUUAAAAAGAAACAACAGAGUGAAUUUACGUAACUUGCGAUGACGCACUUUUAAAUGCUGUCGGUAUCAUCUGCCUUCUGUUCCACUGUGUUUUCGCUAAUCUUUUUUAUUUCUGAUUUCUGACACAGUUCAUUUCAGACUUUGAAUGUUAAGUCUUUUGUUUAGAAGAAUAUUAAAUUAAGAACCAAAUAUAACUGGUAUUUUUCAUCAAGAAUAACAAGAAUCGCUUGGCAUGCACGUAUGGUGUUGAAAAGCAUCAAGUAACUUGGGUGCACCUACACUGGCCAUCUUUUGUAAUCCAACACGAAGUUAGUGAUAAAAUAACGUUUUCUUUUGUCAUACGAUCCUGCGAAAAUGGAAUGAACAUUAUUUUAUCAAACAAGUAAGCGAAACAAUUCAGUGUAUGCGUGGAAUAACUUGACACUUGCUAAGAAUUUUAAUGCGGAGUCGCUGAUGCAAGACGUUUUGAAGUCUGGAUGCAGUUUCCUUCCAAAACACUCGUCUUCUUCGCCAGAUAACAAGUUUACCACAAUUCACAAGCGAACAGUAACUCAGCUAUUGUUCUAAAAUAGUGGAAUAUUUUUGUCUUCUGUUAAUCAUGAAACACAGGUGGUCAUUAUGAAAAGUACGUUUGUCUGCGGCUGUCAGGUUCUUGUGUUUUGUCCUGUGGUACUCAACCCGAGGUCAAGCAUUUCAUUUAGCCAUCAGACGGUGCUCAACGCCAAAAACGCACCCUUACGACGUAACAUUUUCAUGAAUUUCACUUAAGCCUGACUGCCAGGAUGUAUUGCUGGGGUUGGAAAGCUGCCAAAACACCAAUUGUGAAAAUUUUAAUUCCUAACCAUGCUGCCGGUUCUAUCAUUGGCAAGGGAGGAGCAAACAUUGCUGAAGUACAGCAGCAAACAGGAGCUCGAAUAAAACUGUCACCUAACAAUGAUUACUACCCUGGAACACAAGAAAGAGUUGGGCUAAUAAUGGGAGAAGUCGAAACUAUUAACAAAAUGUUGAAUUUUGUGAUAGAAAAGAUCAGACAAGAACCACAAGCAAUGAGACUAAAUCCAGCUAUGACAUACGAUCGGGAACGUGCAAAACAGAUGAAAAUUGUGGUCCCCAACUCAACAGCGGGAUUGAUUAUUGGUAAGAGUGGCGUGACCAUCAAAUACAUAGGUGACCAAACUGGCGCUAGAAUACAAGUAAGCCAAAAAAAUGCAGAGACAGUCCCAGGAGAGAGGGUGAUUGGCAUCACUGGAAGUCUUGAGCAAGUACAGGCAGCGUGUGCUGUCAUUGUCGCCAAGGUGCAAGAGGAUCCAGAGCAUGCUUUAAACAACAACAUCUCAUACUCAAGUCUCCAGUCUCAUCAAAGACUAUCAAACGGCAAUUCAAGUUUAGGUGCUUUUGGCACUGGGGGGUUUUCUGGUUCUGGGUUAGGUGGACUCGGUUUCCACAACUCUGGGGGUGGGGGAAAUAGUGCAGCUAAUAAUAUAUUGGCUCAUGCAGCUUUACUUAGUGGGGGUGGGCUGGGGGCAAACAAUCCUCUUCUCAAUGCCAUGAGUAAUAUGGGACCUCUAGGGUUGUCUUCAUCAAGUUCGCAGAUUCACUCAACAGCAACCUUGGAACUAACUGUGCCAGAUGACCUGAUAGGUGCUGUGCUUGGAAAACAAGGCAAAACCAUCAAUGAGUUCAUGCAAUACAGCGGUGCAAAGAUACAGGUCUCACAAAAAGGGGAAUUUGUUCCUGGUACUAACAAUAGAAAAGUCGUCAUCACUGGAGAUUUGAACUGUGCACAGACCGCCCACUUCCUGAUUACACAGCGGCUUCAACAAGUUGAGGCAGAGAGGCUCUUAGGACAACAUUCAUAAAAGCUAUCAAAUGGUAGAUACCGUCUGCCAAAUCCUCCAUCAUCCAGGCCAUCACUAGUAACUUUUAUUAAAUGUGCUCAUGUCCAUUUUGACAUGUUAGUAGUAUUGGUGGGUUAUUUCAAUUAAAUGUUUUUUUUUCUAUCACUGUGACAUGUACAUGUAUGCAACUUCAUGCUGUUCAAAUGCUUUGUGUGCCACAAAAUAAUAAACAAUAAAAGGCCCUUGGUACUAUGGAAAACAAAAAUCGUAAAAUUAUUCAUGGGUCUUAUUUGAAAGGUAUAAUCACAUCCAUUGUCAAUGCGGAAUUCAAAAUGCCACUAUGCUGACAGCAAUUAGUGUCAAUUUGGGAAUGUGAUGCAUUUCUCUGAAUUGUGCACAAAUUAUGUUUUUAUUAUAAUUAUUUAUUAGAUGUUGAUUGAUUUAUGUGAAAAAUGUUUUGGAUUCUUAGCAGCAACGUUGACUCGUUAUCAAUGACUGACUUGAGUUAGACAAGCAUUUUUUUUUUAUGUGUACAGUGUGGUCUGUACAGAAAAUUACUACACAAUGCAGUAGCAGAACCUAAUUUGCUUUACAAUUAUGUGUGUAGGUAUGUUUACAACUUGCCACUGACUUAAAAAUGUUAUUAGCUGUAACACUUGCCUAAGAAUCUAUGAUCUAUGUGAAAUUAGUUUUAUCGCAGAAAUUCUGAUCAGUUCUGUUAUCUAUAAAUCAGGCAUUUGCCAAAACAUUUCAACUUAGUAAUCUACAAAAAAUUGAACAUGGGCUCUGCCAAAUUGCCGAAAAGGUAAAAAAAAAUUGAAUGAGUUAAAAUCAUGAUUGCAAAAUUUUGUUGGAUAAGCACAAGGGUUUCUUUGAACUGGGUAAUAAUUAGGAAGUCAAUAAGUUGUGAGAUUAUUGGUAUGUAAAUGUUGUAUGGAAUUAUUUAUAUAUAUAUUAGUGAGUAGAAUAUUUUCUUGCCUAACAAGAAUAGUGGCUGAAAAGUGAGGCUUUUUAUAUCUUCCUAUCAGGCAAGAUUAAAAAAAAAAAGAAAUGGUAUUUAAACCAAUUUGAAGUAACUAUUAGGUUUUAUCGUGACGAAUUUGUGGAAAUAUAGGGACCAAAAAUAUAUUGUCAUCUAUGAAAACUCUUAGAUAGAUUCUACAUGGCAACAGUCAUAAAAUAAUGCAAUUUUAAAAUGCAACUUCUUAGGUCACUAAUUGUGCAUUGUAAGUGCAACACUGUGUUUAUCACUGUGGGCAGAUAUUCAUGAUUACAUUGUAUAAUUCAGUGGGGGGCCAUGACAGACCUUCAUAGCAGUUAUUGAGAUCAUUUUAACACUCCAGAAUUUGGGCGUUUUGUGAUGACUCCAAAACUUUUGUCAAGGAGGUCCGAGUAGCCUGCAACUGCCCUUACGUAGUGUGGAACUUAGUUAGAGGCAGGGGGAACUGAACAUGUUAACUAACAGCAAACCAUUUGUUACCUGCAAUAGUUUCAACACUUCAUUAUUAUAACUGGUUUUGGCUGACAAUAGUAAGAGGUGGUCAAAAUUCUGUAAAAGUAUGCUGUAUGUUGUUCAUGGUAAAGUGAAGCAGUACAGACUGUGGAACCUUGUUUAUUUUACUGCCAAUAGGCUACUAAAAUCUGAUUGUACUGAAAAGAAGUUUUCUUCAUGAAAAUUACUGAUUGAGCCUAGAUGAUUUUUCUGUCAGCAUACUCAAAAUACCAUCAUCGUUUUGAUCAAUACUUGUGGAGCUGUUGGUGAUAAACAAAUGUAACAAUACAGGAUUCCACUGUCUUUGGAAUUGUUACUUUGUAAUGGAACAUGUUAUCACCUUAGUGUUGACCAGUUGGGUGUGCACGUGACAUUAAACAAUAUUGUUAAUGUAUCACAGUAACACGGUAAGGCACGCUGGAGUGCCUUUCUGUAUAACGUGUAAAAAUCAUAUUUAAAGCCUUCGAUACUGCAAGCUUGCACCGAGUUUCUCAUAACACCAGGCGUUACUUUGAACAUGUAACUUGGAAAUGCUGUCGCAAGCAAAACUCUCUCAAUGUUGGAAAGCAGUAUGGGAGCAGUGCUUAAUUUUCAUCUUCACCCCUACAAGCUUGCAGUCAGAGGGCUGGUUAACAUAUAGUCUUACAAUCAUGAUACUUUAUUUAGUUUAAGUCGCAAGCUGAAAUAAUCUUGCUUCAAAAUAUUCAGUAUUCAGGUCUUCUUGCAAAACAGAGAAGGAAAGGUUCUUCUUAGGCCGUUAUUUUCUCCAGCUCAAGUUGAGAAUUGAUCUUUUUUAUCCUUUUAGUGGUGUUACUCAUGGCAUUUUACGUAACACUGUUGAUAAGAAAUGCAUUUUUUCCCUCUCAGAUCAUCCCCUGUAAAGAUCUGAUUUGUUUUUGUUUGAACAGCAAAUUUUGAAUUUUAGCUUUUUUGGUUCUUAAGUAUUCUCUCCCUGUAGUCAUGUUUAUAGGCUUGCCAUGCUACUUGGGUAGUAAAAUGGCUACUAAAAGUGACUGCAAGGGUCUUUUUUUUAAUAUUGGUUCUUUUUUUUGCACUAUUAAGAGUAGUGGGAAUAGCAUUGUUUCUUUUUAUUCAGUAAUUUGAAUCUGAAUUUGUACAGUGUAUUUCCAUUUAUUAUCUCAUUCAUUAGUUGUGUCAGCAUGUGUUGCUUCACUGGUUUAACUUAACAAGAGAACAUUGACUUGAGACUUCAUGUUACACAUAUCCAUGUGAUUCAUAUUUCUGCCUUGUGCACAGCUCGUUUAGUUACCUAUAGCACAUUGUGGGUGGCAUUUAACAUCACUGUAGUCGUUCCACUUAAUAAACUGCUGAUACAUUCA